GUUGCACCAGCGAAGCCGUAGACUGACGCUCGUCUUACCUGUACAGUAAGGCCUGCAGGAUGGCCCAGGCAGACAGUAAGGUGCUGGUCCUGGGAGCGCUGGCUGGAGUGGCUGGCAUCAGUUUGGCUGUGGUGUGUUACCAGGGCUUUAGGUCAAGACGACGAGGCUCAUGGCCAGGUUUCUACCUCAACCGUGCUAAUGAACAGGGGACUGGCAUGAUGUUGGUGAAUAGUCCAGGUCUGCCGACGGGUCAGACCGAGGUGCUGGAGCGCCUGGAGGCCCUGAUCCAGUGUGUGUCCGAGCUAAAGGAUGAGAUGAAGUCGUUGAAGAAUGCUUUGCCAGCACUGCAGGACCAUGUCAGGGAGGAGCUGAGGGGACAUAAUGAGGUGCGUCGAACCAGUCCCCUUCACAGGACCACACCAACACGAAGGAAAAGGGCUGCAGGCACCCUCACUGGGGCCCCGGCUGGAGGUCGGAGCUCAGAGGAAGCAGAGAGUGAGGGGGGGUAUAUGACUGCACUGACAGACUCGGAGGAAGAGGAGCUAAGCGAUGCAGAACAGAGGGAUGAAGAGCAACCUGCAGACAAGCUAUCUGUCCUCCUUGAAAGGAUCGACUGUCUACAUCAAGGCACUGAAUCUGACAAAAGGGAAAGUCUCAAUGUGCUUUUGGAUCAAAGAGAAGAGUUUGGACAGAACUCACCAUUUCUCUGGCGGCUAAUCCGAGCAUACUGCGACGUUCAUGACGUCAGCUCCACUGCGGAGGAGAAGAAGACCCAUGCAGAAACUGGGAAGAAAGUUGGUGAGGAGGCAGUGAGUCUGAACCCUACAUGUGCUGAAAGUCAUCAGUGGUAUGCCAUCAUGUGUGGAAUUAUGGCAGAAUAUGACACAAUACAGAACAAGAUAAGGAACGGAUACAUCUUUAAGGAUCAUCUGGAUAAAGCCAUCGAGCUGAAGCCACAAGACCCCAUGUCCUACUACCUGUUGGGCCGCUGGUGCUACGCUGUGGCUCAGUUGUCGUGGAUUGAGAGGAAAGUUGCUGCAACAUUAUUUGGAGAGCCUCCAAGUGCUACAGUUGAAGACGCACUGAAGAACUUUCUUAAGGUUGAGGAGAUCCAUCCAGGAUAUUCCAAACUCAACUAUGUGUUUCUAGCUAAGUGCUACAAAGACCUGGGGCAGAGGAAUGAGGCUCGGAAGAUGUGUGCAGCUGCUUGUUCAAUGAACGUUGUGUCCAAAGAGGAUGAAGAGGCACAGAAGGAACUGGAUCUGCUGUGCCCAGCGCUCGGAGUGUGACGACAGCGACAGCAACAGCACAUUCUUUUGGAAAUUUAAUUUCCGUGUGCGAUGUGUGCGUGGGUGUGUGCGUGUGUGGAUAUAGUGUGUAUUGAGAGGCCAUCAUGUUAAUUCACUCUGUGAGUGGAGGGAGGUGUGCUGUGGCAUUAUAUCAUCAGUGGGAGCAGCAGUCUACCACAGACAGAAUCCUGCUGCGUAGUUUUAAAUCUUUAAAUCUUUUAAUGUCUUUUUUUAAAUAGCAGAAAACAAACUUUUCAUACCUGAUUGCACCAAAUCAGUGACAUUCUUAAUGUUCCCUCUCUCAAAUAAUCUAUUGUCUUUUGCCAUCAACUCUGUGAGGUGGAUUUGUCUUGAUUUUAAUUGUUCCAGAAGUUGGAUUAAUCGUAAUCAUAGUAAAUUGAGUGUGAUUGUUAGUAUUUGCAUUAUAUAAAGUGCAGAUAUAUUCCCAGUCGAUCUGUGUAGCAGACAUUCCCUCAGAGGUCUGAUUACUGUGAUAGCGAGUGUCACUCCAGUGUGUCUCAAGGAUACCGAGUUUCCUUGGCAACAAAGACCUGUCACUUUUUGGGAAAGCGACCCAAAGGACUCGCUGUUCCUUCCUGUUCCGUCCUGUUUGUUGUUGCGUCUCCCGCCACACAUUCAAGAGGCAAUAACAAAAGCACAUGAGACAAUGGCGCACCCAAACAAAGAUCUUGGAAUGCCGUGGCCACUGGACGACCCCUUGCCCUCUGCAUUAGAGCUCUCUGGCUACAUUUACAUGCAGCCUGUAAAUGAUUUGAUCGCGCAGUUAACAUACGUACAUAGAUGAAUAUGUUCUUUUGCGUGAUCUAAUGAGCUGUGCUUGUUGACUUUGGCAUGUGUCCAUUGAAGACAUUCAUUAUUCAGUUACCUCCUGCUGCUCGGCUCCUGUGACAGUAAUGACAGUCAUGUAUAACUGCAGCUAAUCAAACGAUCCAUCAUGAAGACAUGGCAGAAGGCCCUGGGUGCUGUAGGUUUUUCAUGCUUUUCCUUUAUCUAAACAAAACCCCCUGUCUCCCUUACAUUUUAUCUUUUAUAUUGUUUUGAAAUUUCAUCCAUCAUUCAUUCAUCUGUUUUAUUAUGAGCUUUUCCAGCAUCAGAGAAAGUGGAGAGGCAUCCUAAGCACACCACUCGAACUUGGUAUGCCAAGUUUAAAACAGGUUUAAUAUUUAUUGAGGCUCCUGUUCUUGCAUAUGUACAACACCUAAUUGUCCCAGUUAAACUGGCAAUAGGCAGGUUUAUGCUGUAAUUUAUCUUUAUGAAGUAAAUGUUUGCAAAAUGUAAUGGCUAUUGAAUAAUGACACCAUCUGUGUUUAAAUUGGUUCCCUAUAAGCGUCGCUUUGUCGGCUCUUUCUGCACCAGCUACGGUCUCCCGGGAAAAUGAAGGCUCAAUUUAUGGCACAAAAGAAGUGCAUCGACUAUAGGUAGUAGAUGGAUGCAGUCAGCAUGCCCAAAUCAACGGAUAGAAAGUAUCACCAUCUUCUUUGUGCUCAUUUUGGAAGAACAAAAAAGAACAUGAUACAACCCAGUUUGCUUUUCUCAACACAUACUGAAGAAUUUCAGUCUGCUUUCAUGUCGUCAUCAUAGACCACAUGAAAGAAUGAACUCAAGCUCUUUCUCCUGUUUUCUUCUGCUCCCCCCUCCACCCUGACACCAAUCCCUGCUGUAGUUACUUGUUUGCAUGAAGCAAUGCUCAAAUUAGUCAUUGCUCCAUACAAAAUUAUAGCAGUUUGACUUCAACUCUACAGUCAACAUGCUUCUUUCUUCUCUCUUAUUUCUGCAUUUAACUGCAGUGUGUUGUCUUCGGCUCUAAGGAAAAUGGAAAGGAGGUCGAUUGAGGUGUUUAAUAAGGACCUUACUGCGUGUAAAUGGAUAUCAUUGAUAGGGAAACUGGAGAGCAAGUUGUGGUUUUUCGUCAUCUGUCUGUAACAGAAAGGUUGGACUGAUGGCGCUCUAGUAAAACUAUGAUGAGUCAAGCAGAUGAUGCAGACCCAUUGCUUUGGCCUGAUGUGAUGCUGCAGACGACUGCAUUUAUGCCACUAAAAUGUGAUCAGAUCAGACAGAGGUAGCGUUUAAAUGUUUCAUUUUAUUACUGUUGUAGUCAUUCCUAAUUAUUUUACACGUACACACCAUGUGAUGCAUUUUAGAUGUACGUAUUAUGUGAAACCAUGAGGAUUCAGUUUCGUUUAUUUGAGAUUUGUUUUUGGAGAGUGAUAAAUUUAAAAGAUUUUAUGUUAAGACUAUGUGAAUUGUGAAAACUACAUGAAUUGUUCUUAUGUCACUUUACAGAUUUUUUUUUCUACCAGCACUACGAAUGUAUUUGAUUUUUUUUAAUGCCAAAGCAAGUACCAUAUUCCUCAAGGUUGCAUCAAAUCUGAUACACUACAAAGAGAUUAUACUGUAAAGGAUCAUCGGCAGGGUGCACUGAAUGAUUCAUGGGACUGGAGUCUAUAAUUAAAUCUGUGCAAUCGA